UUCACUUUGCCACCAUUUCCUUUCUACAGCUGCGUUUUCAGUCAUCGGCCGCGUUUUCCAUGUCCAUGCGUUCCACUCGCUCUGCAGACACGAGAGCUAACCCUGAUCCUUUGCAAACUAGGCGGCAAUCUCAGAGUUGCGAUGCUUGCAGAGCUCGCAAAGUGAGGUGCGCGAGAGAAAACCCCGACGACCCCAAGCAGUCGUGCAAGCACUGCAUCGCGCUCGGUAUUCCAUGCACGUAUGACUACCAGCCCAAAAAGAGGGGGCCACCAAAUCUCUACCUCCGACGGCUGCAGGAGGCGCAAGCGGCGGCACAGGCAGCAGCACAGGCUCAAGUGCAGGAGAACGGCAACGGCGAAGUCGUCCAUUCUCCGGUGCAGAAGAGCGUGAGCCCCACGCAAUCGGUCAUGUCGACAAGCCCUCAACUGCCCUCACCGUUCCUCGAGCCAGCGAUGAACAACGUGCCAUCCUCCCUGCUCCCAGGCGCCCUCACACCUUCGCGAUAUCCCAUUGCCGCAGACAGCUUCCAUACGCAAUUCUCCGGCAUGUCAUUUGCCGCCGGCCGUGCCGAGCUAAAUGGUCGUCCUUCUCGCAACGAAGAGCCCAACGGCUUCGCAGCCACCGAGCAGUUCAGCACCUACCCGCUGUUCAACUGGUCAUACAAGCAGCACCAGCCACUGCCUAUACCCCCACCGACUGCUAUACCCCCACUCUCUUAUUAUUACCGCCCACACAGGCUCGAAGAUAUCGCCCCACGCGACACGAUCCUGCUCAUCAUCGCACUCUUUUUUGACUUUGUCUACCCACUGACACCGUGCGUACACAAGCCAAGCUUCAUGGCAGACGUGCACUCUCGGCGCGAGGAGCGAGAUCCGCUCUUCUUCGCCCUCGUCAUGUCCACCGUGGCAUCGACUCUGGUGCAGGUUCCCAGGUCGUACCUGCCGAUGGAACGACAUGCCGUUCGCAAGCUCGCUCAAACAUGCCACGAAGCUAGUCGCCACAUCUCUGUAGCGUCUUAUGAUCCUCCCACGUCGAUGCACGUCGUCAUCAGAUACUUCGAUUGUGUCUACCAUUUCUGCGAGGGCCAUGACGCUACGCAGCACGCAGCGUUCGGUGAAGCGGCACACAUCGCCGUAACGCUGAGAAUGCACGAAGAGUCGUCCUAUGAGGGCCUCGAUCUUGUUGAGUGUGAAGUGCGCCGGAGAACGUUCUGGCUGCUGUUUGGCGCUGACAAGUCCAUGUCCAUUCUACUCGGACGACCGAUUUGUUUGCGCGACGAGGAUACCACGUGCAACUUCCCUCGGGAGCUGGACGACGAAUACAUCACGCCAAGCGCAUACCUCCCACAGCCCCACGGCAAGACGGCUCUCGUUUCCGGCCUGAACUACAUCUCCCGGAUAUUUGCAUUGCUGGGCGAGAUCCUGGUGCGGAUCCGGGUGGACAAGCGCUCGCCGCCACAAGGGCAGUUCCUCACGGCGCGAUUGGAGGAGGUGCAGGCGCUGCACAACAGGAUCAUGACCGCGCUGGCGCAUGCACCGGAGCCGCUCCGGCUCAAGCAGGCGCUGGGUCACGCCAUCUCUCCCGAGUACGGCGGCGCCGGCUUCCGCCAAGCGACAUUCGCGGAAGUCAAGGACUUCUUCGAUAACCCGAACGCCUCGCGGGCCAACGCGCUCAACCCAUUCCUCGUGAUGCAGGCGAACCUGUACGUGACUCAGCAACUCGUGCGCUUCGUGAUUGAACAGUAUCGUGAUGAGCUCAUGACCUCCCUGCACGGCCAUAUUGACGAGUCACGGGUGGCCGAGGAUAGGGAGGCAGUGGCGAGUGACCUGCUCAACAUCCUGCAUAGCAUACCCAUUCAAUCCAUCGCGACAAACGGACCUUCUUUGGUCCACAAGGUGCGCUUCGUCGCUUCCACACUCCUCGACGCCGUGCGCAAGGCGGAGACUGCCCCGGCCUCGGCUGCACGUGCGCACGCCUACCUUUGGGACUUCCUGUCCAUCCUAUCCGAGAUUGAGAGGAACUAUUUAUUGGACGACGACAGGGACGCUGCCUCGAGUGCCGAUGGCAUGCCUCUCGUUGGAAGCAACUAGGCUUCCGGCCCCUUUGCCCUUACCGCCUUGGACCAUAUGUUAGCUGACAGACGAUGCUUCGGUUGCCCGCGGUACUCCUCCAUACUCGCGCCCAUACUCGUGAUCAUUUUUUACCAGGGCUUGUGUCCCUGUUGUUUAUGCAGCCUGUCUAACACGUGGCCUUGUAUUUUAUUUGCUUACAGUGCUAUCCACCACCCCUUUACCCUGCUCUUAUAAUCUGUCCGUUUAGUGUCUGUAUUGCUUGAGUCCCUGGAUGUAAAAUAAGCAGCUGUAUGUUUGUCUUUGG